AUGGCGCCCUCACUUUCGCCAGCGCAGCAGCAAAAGCAGCAGUCACAGCAACAACAGCAAUUACCGACCAAGAAUGCACAAAAAGCGUGGAACUCGGACAAGCUCGGCCUUCGCCUGGGCUCCGAUCUCCUCAGCGCCUCCUGCGCGGGCGCCCUCGUGGCGCCCAUCAUCUCCAUGAUCGACAGGAGCAUCAUGGAAAACGCCUCGGGCAGCAGCACGCUCGGCGACUCGAUCAAAUCCUCCCUACGCUCCCUCCUCCUCCGGCCCCAGACCCUCCUCCUCUCCAAACCGACCGCCCUCAUCUUCCUCGUUUACGGCGGCACCUACAUCACCGCCAACAUGCUCGACACGGCCACCUCGACCGUCCAAAACCAAAAACCCUCGCACGUCACGGCCGGCACCACAAAGUUCGCCGCCUCGAGCGCCGCCAACGUCGGCAUUUGCAUCUACAAGGACCAGGUCUUUGUGCGCAUGUUUGGCCCCCCUGGCGUCGUCCCCCGCGCCGUCCCGGGCAUCUCGUACGCCCUCUUUGGGCUGCGCGACUGCAUGACCAUCUUCGCCUCCUUCAACGUGCCCCCCUUGCUCGCGCCCCAGAUCGAGGGCUGCCUGUCUGCGGAGUGGAAGAAACGUCUGAGUGGUGCGACGUGCGCGCAGUUCAUCGCGCCGGCGGCGGUGCAGCUCAUCAGCACGCCGCUCCAUCUGCUGGGGCUGGACAUGUAUAACCGGCCCAAUGGGCCGCGCUCGCCUGUGAGUCUUCGGGAUCGAUGGCAUCAGGUACGGCGCACGUGGGCACCGAGUGCCAUGGCGAGGAUAUGUCGCAUCGUACCUGCAUUUGGCGUGGGCGGUGUUGUGAACACCAAAGUGAGGCGAUCGUUGAUGGAGAGGCUGGAGUGA